AUGAUUCGGCUUCUGACCAAAAGGGUAAAAACUGCAGCUGGGCACAUAAGGACCAUAAAUUACUAUUCAGUGCAAAAAUAUUUUAAAAACAAUGUUCAGAUUUGCAAGGUACAGCCCCAGACUUCAGUAAGAGUGCUAUCUAAGACAACAGAUGGUCGUCCCAUAGAUGCCUUUAGCAGAAAUGAAAUGAAUUUACCUUUAACUGUAAUGUUUCAAGACAUUAAAACUUCACAAGAUGUCCUUUUGAGCCAAUUGACUGACGUCGUUACUGCCAUGUCCGCAAUCCAGGAAAAAAUUGAUACUGAUCAGAAGCAGAUGGAAGUGAUAGAAACCAGGGUGAGUGUUAAUGAAGACAGGUAAUCCAAGAUGGCUAAUGAUCUCCUCUUAAUAAAAGAUGUUGCAGUUUUGAAGAAGAUAGCCACAGAUUUCGAAACUCAGAGUCCAUGCUCCACCUUGCACUGUGUGGAGAUUGCUGAAGGAGAGAAGAGCAGAGAAGUUGUGGUACUGAUCCACAAUGUCACGGGACCUACAAUACGACAAAAUUCACCGGUGGCCACAGCUGAACUAGAGAAAGGCCAUGGCACAUCAGGACCUAGAUCCCACCAAGAUGAAAAAGCUGGCUCCCAGGGGAUAAAAACCUUGAAGGAAAACAGUCGAAAUUCAGUGAGGAGCUUAAAGAAAGAAAAUUCAAGUAUCUGUAUUUAUCCAGACUUCAGUACGUGGAUCAAACUCAUUUUUGUCCAUGGAGGGAAGUGGAGGUUUCUCAGUGCUACCAAACUGGAAGAAUUUCUUGAAUGGGUCCUUACUAAGCCAGCAGUCUUCCCUGGAAAGCCCCAGCUCAUAGCCUAAAGACAUUAUCCAUUUGCUGGGCCUUUCACAUGCCUGACUACUCUGUGUCUGUCUGCUUUCAAUUACCUCUACUGCUUUUUUCAUUCUACAAAAGAACAAGUAACUAGAAUGUAG